AUGGAGAUGCUGAUCGUUCACGUGAGACGCCCGGCUCUCCGAGACGGCAGCUCCCAAGCGCAACAGGGAACGGGGGCUCAGGGCCUGGCCACAGAUAUCCUGGUUGCGCAAGCACCGACACCCCCCCGCCAGGUGAAUGGGAUUCUGGGAGGCUCAGUCGUGCUGUCUGUGGAUCUAUCCCCCGGGAGAAAGGUGAAAGAAAUCGAAUGGAGUUUUCGUGCUGGGUCAGGUGUGACGAUUCAGCUGGCUGAGUUCAGUGGGGGGAAGUUUGAGCGACCCGAUCCCAACGACAGAUUUAAGCAGAGGCUAGAAAGGUACAACGAGACCUCGCUGAGGAUCAGGGCUCUGGAGCUGGGCGAUAGCGGAGUUUAUGAGGCCCGGAUUAAGAUAGUACCAGCAACUGUGGAGGAACAGGCCUUUCUCCUCGCGGUCUAUGAGCCAGUGCCACAGCCCCAGAUCCGGAGUCAUCUGCUCGCCAGCACGCUGGAGGGGUGCAACGUCACGCUGCAGUGCCAGGGCUCGGGGAAGGGAAAUGUGAGCAUCUCCUGGGGGAGAGGGAACCCGGUCCAAGAGCUGGAUCCCGGUCGGCACCAGCUCUCCCCUGAUGGCAGGAUGCUCCAGCUGUCUCUGCAGCCCAGCUCCCUGAAUGCCACCUACGCCUGCACGGUCAGCAACCCUGUGGAUCAGAAGAUCAUCGCCUUUGACCUGCAGAGCAUCUGCCGCAGUGGAGAUGCAGACGCGUCCUUCUCGAAGCCGGGGUACAUUGUGCUGACUUUCUUCCUGUUAGUGCUAAGCCUUGGGACUGCCGUCUGGUGUUGGCGGAUGAACAACGAGAAGUCGGCUGACCCGGCUGCCACCCCCACGGGCCCUGUGGAAGAAAGUCCGUCCGACCCGCAGUACGCUGAGAUCAUGAGGAGUCCCCCUGAAGGAAAUGACCAGGCCCUACGUCACCUGGAAAAUAACACGGAGCGGAGCCCGCAGAAAGAGCCUCUAAUCACCACCAUCUACGACAAGCUCCAAAGGACUCCCGAGAAUACAUCUGAGGAGGUCACAUAG